CAUGCAUUCUGCACUCGUUCGUCCUUGUCGUUAACGAAAUGGCUCGCCGUGUAGCGACACGAGCGAUGCUUCCUGUGCUCCUCGGGAUGCUUGUCAGCUUGCAACACCAAUCGACUAGCCUGGGUGUACCUCUGAGCGUGACUGUCUACAACGACAUACCCGCGCACUACGAGGUGCUCGCGGGUGCGGUGGCGACGGCCCGCUCCCACCUGGGCGCAAGACCGCGCGUGGUGUGGGCAAAGCAAGUGCGAAAGGCGACCGUCAACGAGUCAACCGGGCAGCCGCUGCAGUACCCGCCCCCCUUCGGCCUUGUAGACUGGGUGGACGGGUCGACGGGAGACGGAGCAACUGGUGGUGGCGAGAGCAAAGGCGGUUCGAACUGGACGCUCGUGCAAUUGAUGCCCCCCACGAAGCGCGCCUCCCUGCGAGAGCAGUUGAGGCCCCACCUGACCUGGGGGCCCGUGGACGUCCUCAUAUGCGUGUCACCUGAGCUUGAUCGGGAACGGGCCUGUGCGGUGGUCGCGGAGCUGCUGUCGGCCCGCCUGGUGGUGGGCCUGCUGCAUCGGGCCGACAUGGUCACCAGGAACAGUCCCUGGCUGCAGCCCGACAACAACCCGGCGCCGCUGCUGCCGCUGACGCUCACGCCGCACGUUGCCGCCGCCGCCAACAAUCGGCUGAUGGGUAUGGCGGCUGUGGAGUGGGGCACCCUGGUGGCGCCGUACUCCCCGACCAGGCAGCAGCCCUGUGCCAGCCGGGCCUGCCUCACUGCCGGAUUCGUCAUCCAGGGCACGCUGCGCUCCUGGUCCGCCAAGAACGGCAAGGGCCUGAUCCGGAACUACGGAGCCGUUUGGGCGGACAUGCUCAAACAGCAGCAGGAGCAGGGGAAGGAGCAGCAGCACCAGGGCCGGGGCCAGCUGGUGAACGUGACGGUGCUGGGCCGCGGCAGCUAUGAAGACCUGGGCGUGCCGCCGAAGCUGGCGUCCCGUGUGGUGUUCCACUCCGACCUGCCGUACCCGGAGUUCUGGGACGUGGUUCACAGGAGCUAUGCCCUGGUGCCCGCGUUCGGUAACAUGCAGUACCUGACCAGCCGCAUGAGCUCCACCAUCCUGGCCUCGCUCACAACCUGUGUGCCCAUCAUCAUGGACCCCCGCAUGAGGGCCGUGUACAGCUUCUUCCGUGAGGAGCACGUGUUUCUGCAGCAGCCGGGCGAGAGCGAGGUGGCGGCCAUGCAGCGUGUGUUGGCGCUGCCCGAGCAGGAGCUGUUUGAGAAGCGCCGGGCGGUGUGUGCGCUACGUCACGAGCUGGGUCAGCGGGCGGCGGCGGUGAUCCGUGCGGCGCUGCAGAGGGCGGGCGGCGGUAGGGUUUAGUGGAGGCAGCGGUAGAGGCAGCAGCAGUCAGUCGCGGUUACGUGAUUAGGCGCCGGCCAAUGCUUUAGUGUCAGAGACCGGGAUGGUGAAGGAAGCUACGGCGCGAUGGGAUAGAGUAAGGGGCAGGUUGGCGUAGUCCUGCCUGUAGUUUGCAGCGUAUUCCCAGGACCCAACAUUGAACAGCCAGUUUGCGACGUCAAGGCAUGAGCGCGCAGCUGCUAGAACGCCGGAAUGAGCAUACCGAGGCGUCGAUGGCUUGCUGGCAAGCGGGUAGUUUGCUGACGCGCAUGUGAAGGAAGCUCGGGCGAUUCAGCUGUUGGUGUCAGCGGCAUGCCAUCAAGGUUUGGUGACAGUACGUGGGCGGCGGGCGCUGUAGGACUGAGAGAGCAGCUGGACGAACACGCACCAAAUACACAGGUCACCGUUACUUCCUUGAAGAGCUCACUCAAUACGUUGAUGUUGGUCAUUCGCGGGAAAGCAAGGUUGCUAGCAGGCGUGGCGGCACUGAAGUGAGGAAGGCCUAGGGGUGCUUGGGGCAUGGCGGCAUGCAGCAAGGGAAGCGUUACUUGUCAUGAGGUACGGUUGCUAUGGGCAACAAGGAGGUGGCUGCCUUAUGGCAGGAAAAGGGCUGAUCCCGGGUCGUUAUCAACCCAGCCACCUUGACGCGGGCGCCUACUAAGCACACGCCUCUAUGUUGGGGGCCUUUG